GCAUCGUUUAUGAGGGAAUGGCUGGAGAAGUGUGGAGGGUAUGCCGUGAUAGACGGCGGGUUGGCGACGGAGCUUGAACGGCACGGCGCUGAUCUCAAAGAUCCACUGUGGAGCGCCAAAUGCCUCCUCACUAACUCUACCUCCCAUCAUCUCCUCAGAAAGGUCCACCUAGAUUACCUCGACGCCGGAGCAAACAUAAUAAUAACGGCAUCGUAUCAGGCCACCCUUCAGGGAUUUGAGGCAAAAGGGUUUUCAAGAGAGGAAGGUGAAGCUCUACUUCGAAGCAGCGUAGAAAUUGCACGCGAGGCUCGAGACAUCUACAACGGUCGAUGCACCAAAAAUUCCUGUGACCGCAUCAGAAAUGGAAGAUCAUGCACGCCUCCAAUUCUGAUUGCUGCUUCUGUGGGAAGCUAUGGCGCUUAUUUGGCUGACGGAUCUGAAUAUAGAGGGGACUACGGCGAUGCAGUUACGGUUGAGACGCUGAAAGAUUUCCACAGGAGACGACUUCAGAUUCUUGCUGAUUCUGGUCCUGACUUGAUUGCGUUUGAAACCAUUCCAAACAAACUCGAAGCUCAGGCAUACGUUGAACUUCUUGAGGAAGAAGGGAUAGAAAUUCCUGCGUGGUUUUCUUUUAGUUGUAAGGAUGGAAGCAAUGUGGCUAGUGGUGACUCCAUCUCGGAGUGUGCCUCCAUUGCUGAUUCAUGCGAGCGAGUUGCUGCAAUUGGAGUUAAUUGUACAGCUCCUAGAUAUAUUCACUCACUCGUUGAAUCCAUAGCCAAGGUAAGGGACUCUUCAAAUCUAGUUAUGCCGUGGGGAUUGUAUUAUUCUAAAAUAGAUCCCAUGCUUGUUCUGUAAUUUGUGUGACUAUUUCAGGUUACCGAUAAACCAGUACUUAUAUACCCCAAUAGUGGCGAGACUUACGAUGCAGAGAGCAAGCAA